ACCCGCGUCCCAAGCGCGUUGCGCUGGUGCGGACACAGCGGUCCAGUCUUGAGCACCGGGUCCUCCGCGCGUCCAUCUCUUCUUUUCCCCCUUCUCUGGCCCUUCUCAGGACACCGCCUCGUAGUUUUUGUUAACUCCUCGGCCGCCAGGCGGGUGGGUGGAGUUUGCUGCGCAGCGGCGGCACGGGCAGCGAGUGGGUCCUCGGGUGGUUCUGGGGCGGGGCUGCAGGGAGUUCAGGAGGGACAGAGAGACCCGGCCGCGAUGGGAGGUGUGUCUGCUCUGCAAGGAUUCAGCGGGUGGGAGAACGGCUUCGCGACCACCGGUGGCCGGAGCCCCAGCGCCGAUUGCUAGAGAUGGUCUUCCUGUCGUUUCAUUCAGGCUCUUGGGAAAGCUGGUGUUGCUGCUUCCUGAUUCCAGUCAACAGACCUUGGGACCGAGACUGGCGUUGGCGGCUGGAGAUGGCGGACAAGAGAUCCGUGCAUGAAACCAGGUUUGAGGCGGCGGUGAAGGUGAUCCAGAGUUUGCCAAAAAACGGUUCAUUCCAGCCAACAAAUGAAAUGAUGCUCAAGUUCUACAGCUUCUAUAAGCAGGCAACUGAAGGACCCUGUAAACUAUCAAGACCUGCAUUCUGGGAUCCUAUAGGAAGAUACAAAUGGGAAGCUUGGAGUUCCCUGGGUGAUAUGACCAAAGAGGAAGCCAUGAUUGCAUAUGUUGAAGAAAUGAAAAAGAUUCUUGAAACCAUGCCAAUGACAGAAAAAGUUGAAGAAUUGCUCCAUGUCAUAGGACCAUUUUAUGAAAUUGUAGAGGACAAAAAGAGUGGCAGAAGUUCGGAUUUAACUUCAGAUCUUGGUAAUGUUCUAACUUCUCCUCCAAAUGCCAAAACUGUUAAUGGUAAAGCUGAAAGCAGUGAUAGUGGAGCUGAGUCUGAGGAAGAAGAGGCCCAAGAAGAAGUGAAAGGAGCAGAACGAAGUGAUAAUGAUAAGAAAAUGAUGAAGAAAUCCACAGAGCAUAAGAAUUUGGAAGUCAUUGUCAAUAAGGGCUGUGAUAAAGACAGCGUUGUUCAGAAUGUGCAGAAUGCUGUCCAUGCCAGGUCUUCCCUGAGUGGCACAAGCACUGAGGAAGGCGUACCUGUACAUCAAAACUUGGAGCAAACUGGAAAACCUGCUGUCUGCAUUCACCAAGAUACAAAUGAUGAUCAUGUUGAAGAUAUUUCAGGAAUUCAGCACUUGACAAGUGAUUCAGAUAGUGAAGUUUACUGUGAUUCUAUGGAGCAACUUGGACAAGAAGAGUCUUUAGAUAGCUUUACAUCAAACAGUGGAUCAUGUCAAUAUUACUUGGGUGGCGAUCCCAAUAAGCCCUUGGAAAAUCCUGGUUUUCCUGGAGAUGUUCAAAGUUCUCCUGGAAAUGGCAACAUUGGGGAGAUGCGGAUGGUAGCGGUCGAAGGAAAAGGGGAAGUGAAACAUGGAGGAGAAGAUGGCAGAAGUAACAGUGGAGCGCCGCACCGUGAGAAACGCAGUGCGGAAAGUGAGGAAUUAUCUAAUGUCAGAAGAGGGAGAGGGCAUAGGACGCAACAGUUGAGCGAAGGAACCAAGGGUCGGCAAGUGGGAAGUGGAGGUGAUGGGGAACGCUGGGGUUCAGACAGAGGGGCAAGAGGCAGCCUCAAUGAGCAGAUUGCUCUCGUGCUCAUGCGACUGCAGGAGGACAUGCAGAAUGUCCUGCAGAGACUUCAUAAACUGGAAACACUGACGGCUUCACAGAAAACUGAACUGAAGAAAAUGGCAUUUUACUCCAGAAGACCACUGGGCUUGGAUGACCUUGGAAUGAAAUGGAUUGUGGAGCUCACAGGAAAAUCCUAGUUUGUGAUGAUUACGUUUCUUUUUGUUGUCCAGUAGUUUGUUUUGUGUACAUAUAUACAUAUGUAUUUUGCACUACACAAAUGAUAACAUUUUAAGGACUAAUAUUACUGAUACUUGAAUAAUCAAUCUCAACUAGGUUGUAGGUAGCGUACAUAGAUUCCUCCUACCCUGGAACUUGAAGGACAUUAAAUUAUUAAUUAUUGUUUGGUAACACGUUUACCUGAUUUUCUCCCAUAGAGAAAAAUAAGCUGCUUAGGUACAGUUGUGAUAAUGAGAUCAGAUUUAUAACUGGGCAUUUUUCAUUUUGUAAAUUAAAUAGGAGAAAGAAUGCAAAAUAGGAGUGAAUUUCAAGUGAAGUUAAAUUGACUGCAUUCCUUAGUCACUUAAGUUAACAUGCCUGGGAGUGGAAGAUAUCUAUAAUCUUUGUUGGGUGUUCACAGCUCUGACUUUAGCAUUCAAGCAAUAUUAUUAUAAACUAGAGCCGUAUAUCUGAGGCUUAGUUUUUACGAAUGAUUCAGACUAGACAUAUAACCUGCUGAUGAAAAAGAUGAAGAAUGGGCUUAAAGUAGGUUUGAAAGUUUGUUCUGAGCCUGCAGAUCAUUAAUAAGAUUUUUAUUCAAUCCUAUACAUUUACCCCUUUGUAAUCAUUUGUCUUUAACUGAGGAUAUCUUGUUUCUGCUUCAUCGGGUGCUUUGAAAUACAAAAUGAAAAACUUACACUGUUUUUACAAAGGUCAAAAAGGACACACAUGAAAAUUACUUUUCUGCAACUGGCGAACUACACAGACUGGACUCCUAACCUCUUAGUGCCUCAGACUUCCCUUUGGGGUAUAAUAUUUGCGAGAUACCUAUUUCACGGGGAUAUUAAAAGGAUUUGCAAGCUAGCAGGAUAUGUGCUUCCUUUUGAAUAAGGCAUACCCAACUAAUGUAAAUUUAAGUUUCUUUCCCACACCUCUCACGUUUAAACUAAAAGGAAAACUGUAAUUUAGAUCCUUGAAGGCUUUGUUUGGAAUUAUUUUUCCUGUGUACCUGCUCAUUUAGGUGUACUUUGUACUUUAAAGAUAUCUCUGGUUCAAAGAUUUAGUAACGAAUGUUUUAAGCAUUUUGGGUUUGUGUGACAUUUGGUUUAGCAUCACGUGUUCGGAGUGUUUGCCACAACAGAGAGAGUGAUCCAUCUCUUAUAUGGAGAUGGUUCUUCAUUUGCCUGAAGAAAAAAGUUAAGAAACAUUUUGCUUUUCCCAAGACUCUUUUUUCUACAUUUUUUCUUUCAUGUAACUUGAUCUUUUUCAUUUUUAAAUCCCAUCUUGAUUAAAAUGUGUCUGUCUAGGGGGAUGUACUGAAAUUGGUUUUUAAAAACUCCUCCAUUUAGGAAAAAAAUAGAGUUUAGACCUGUGGAUCAGGGAUUAUUUAAAAAAAUUAGAUUGUCAGCUUAAAAUAUCAAAAAUUAAUAUCAGAAAAGGGUGGCUUUUCUCUUAGUAUAUGAAGGAAUAAAAUGCAAAUUAAGAAUGUAAGCAGUUAAAUAAAAAAGAAAAAGAAGAAUGGAAGCAGUGGUGAUUUGUUAUGAGCAGUUGGCGCUUACUAACUCUAAAGGUGAACUAUUUGUAUCCUAUUCCAAAGUCUUAUUUUAUAGUUUGAAAAGCACUUUGCACACAGUUCUUGUAUAUACAAUUAAAGAUGUAAUUAUAGGAUAUAUAGUGUUUUGGCUUUGUUUAACAUGAACCUCAUUUAAAAUUUUAAAUUGACAACUAUGGUAUUUUUUUUAAUGAUCUAUAUUUCUUUUCG